UGCACAAGCUCUGCAAAAUGAAGUUCGACAAUGUACUUUUAGAAAUUGACGGUUUUGGAAAGUUCCAGCUGUGGCUGUUCUUGAUUCAGGUCAUCUCUCGAAUGACUUUACCGUGCCACUUCCUGCUCAAUAACUUUAUGGCAGCUGUUCCAGAUCACCACUGUGACAUCAGCUCUCUGGAGGAUGGAGGGGUCUUCGGGAAUUUAACCUACGAUCAGAAAUUGGCUGUUGGUAUUCCAACGGAGCGGGACGGGACACCGAGGUCCUGUCAGAUGUUUUCAAAACCGCAAUAUCAGUUACUGUCAGGGUCCAACAGUAGUGAGGACACAGUCACUGUCCGGUGUCAAAAUGGAUGGGUGUAUGACAACAGCACCUUCAAGUCUACCCUGGUAACAGAGUGGGAUCUUGUUUGCGAAAGAAAAGGGAUGAAUAAAGCAACAGCCACCAUCUUCUUCAUUGGUGUCAUGAUCGGAGCCCCUCUGUUUGGGCUUCUCAGUGACAGGUUUGGGCGGCGGCCACUUCUGCUGGUGUCUUAUGUGUCAUCGUUGACGUUUGCGGUUCUAAGUGCAUUCUCCACAUCCUAUGUCCUGUUUGUCAUCAUGAGAUUUUUUACGGGGAUGUCGCUUGCAGGAAUAAGUAUCAUCUCUAUUGUUUUAAACAUCGAAUGGUUCAGCAUCGAACACAGGACUUUUUGUGGAAUAAUCAUUAGCUUGGAUUGGACGAUUGGGAACUGGUUUCUGGUUGGAGCGGCAUAUUAUAUAAAUGAGUGGAGGAUGCUCAUUGUGGCUGUGACCUCUCCCCUGAUUCUGUCCAUUAUUGCUUGGAGGUGGGUUCCAGAGUCCGCCAGGUGGCUUAUGGCAAACGGGAAGGUCGACGCUGCCCAUAUGUACAUCAUGAAAUGUGCCGAGAUGAACAAUAGAUCCAAGUGUAUGGCCUCCAUCACACCAGCGACAUUACUGGAAUCUGCAGACACUGAAACCGCAGCUAAGAAGUACACUGUGGUCGAUCUCUUCAGGACACCAAAUAUAAGAAAACUUGCCAUAUGCACAGGCGUUGUGUGGUAUGGAGUUGCAUUUACAUAUUAUGGGAUCAGUCUGAACAUCACCGGGUUCGGACUAAACCCAUACCUCACACAGUUUAUAUUUGCAUCCACGGAGAUGCCAAUGAAGAUCGGAGUGUAUUUCUUUCUCAAAAAAGUCGGUCGAAGGAAAGGUGAAAUGGGAGCGCUGCUCUCCACUGCUCUUUGCCUCUUCAUCAACAUGUUUGUUUCAAAAGAUAAAUGGGUCAGUCGUACUGUUGUGGCAGUUCUUGGAAAGUCACUGUCUGAGGCCUCAUUUACCAUAAUAUUCCUCUACACUACGGAGCUCUAUCCCACUGUCGUACGACAGAACGGUUUAGGCUACACUUCGUUUCUGGCGCGGCUGGGCGUGUCCAUUUCCCCACUCAUCAUGCUAUUGGAAGACGUGUGGCAUCACCUCCCUGCGGUCAUUUACUGCACGAUGGCGGUUGUAAGCGGUUUGGUGGCCUCCCUCCUCCCUGAAACACUAAACGCCCAGCUGCCGGAGUUUAUCGAGGACAUUGAGAAACCGAGCUCCCUGGAUGAUGGAGGUCUUUUCAGAAACUUAUCUCUGGAGGAGAGGCUCACUGUCAGUAUUCCAGUCCAGCAGGAUGGGACUCCACACUCCUGUCAAAUGUUUGCAGAGCCUCAGUAUCACCUGCUGUUUAACUCCUCCAACAUAACCGACCUCCUGGCGGUGCCCUGUCAAAACGGAUGGGUCUACGACAACACCACCUUCAAGUCUACCCUGGCCACGCAGUGGGAUCUGGUUUGUGAUAAGAGGAGAAUGAACAGAGCCAUGGCCACUGUCUUCUUCAUGGGGGUCAUGGCUGGAGCAGCAUUGUUUGGUUAUUUGAGUGACAGGUUUGGAGUGACCUGUGCUUACUAUGGGAUCAGUCUGAAUGUUGCUGGAUUCAGUGCCAACAUUUACCUAACGCAGUUCAUCUACGGUGUGGUAGAAAUUCCAGCAAAAGCAUUCGUCUAUUUCUCUGUGGACAAAAUAGGCCGAAGGUUGAACCAGGCCGCGUUUCUCUUUCUGGCUGGACUGUGCAUAUUCUGCAACAUGUUCAUCCCUCAAGAAAGGGGGAAUUAUCGAACAGCUGUGGAAGCUGUGGGCAAGAUGUUCGCAGAGGCGGCUUUUACAACAGUUUUUCUGUACACAACGGAGCUUUACCCCACAGUAAUGCGGCAAAAUGGAAUGGGUUUCUGCUCCUUCAUGGCCCGUGUAGGUGUGUCUGUGUCCCCCAUGAUCCUGAUUUUGGAAGAAUUGUGGGUCCCACUGCCAAGUAUUAUUUUCGUACUGGUGGCUUUUACUGGAGGACUGUCAGCUACCUUUCUUCCUGAGACGAAAAAUGUCCGUCUGCCAGAGACUAUUGAGGACGUGGAACAUUUCAGAACACAAUCAAACUCCACAUCUGAUGAGUUUCUUCGUUUGUCGCUUUUUCAAAGGAAGACACACAGCACACAGUGGGAGGCCACGAUGAAGUUUGAGGACGUUCUCGCAGAUAUUAACGGAUUUGGGAAGUUUCAGAUAAUGAUCAUAGUGAUCAGCUUCAUUGGCCGCUUCACGCUGCCCUGUCACUUCAUGCUGAACAAUUUCAUAGCGGCCGUUCCCUCUCACCACUGUGACAUCAGCACUCAUCUGGAUGAUAGAUUUAGCAAUUUAUCCCAGGCGGAGAGGCUUAUUGUUAGUGUUCCGUUUCAGCAGGACGGGACUCCGAGCUCCUGUGAGAUGUUUGUGGAGCCUCAGUAUCAUUUGCUUUUUAAUUCCGACAAUGCCAGUGACGUACCUACAGUGCCGUGUCAGAAUGGAUGGGUGUACGACAACACCACCUUCAAGUCUACGCUGACCUCAGAGUGGGACCUGGUGUGUGAUAGUAGAGGGAAAAACAAAGCCACCGCUACAAUCUUCUUUGUUGGAGUUAUGUUUGGAGCCGUGGCCUUUGGGAGUCUCAGUGACAGGUUUGGUAGAAGGAUCAUGCUGCUGGUGUCGUACGUGUCUGCGAUGGUGUUUGGCGUAGCGAGUGUCUUUUCCACGUCCUACGUGAUGUUUGCCGUGUUGAGGUUCUUCACUGGGUUUUGCAUCAAUGGCAUCGUCAUUGUCUCAGCAGUCCUCAGUGUGGAGUGGGUGGACAUUAAGCACAGAAGACUGGUGGGAUUGAUCGAUAGCUUGUCCUGGACGUUUGGGUACACAGUGUUUGCGCUUAUUGGCUACUGUGUGAAUGAAUGGAGGCGGCUGGUUUUCAGUGUCACCUUACCUCUAAUCCUGGGCAUCAUCACCUGGAGGUGGAUGCCGGAGUCGGCUCGGUGGCUCAUUGCCAAUGGAAAGCUGGAUCAGGCGAAAGUGUAUUUGCAGAAAUGUGCCGAGAUGAAUCGAACAAAGGAAUUAUCGCACACACUUAAGGCAGAGACACUAUCCACUAUUGUGUUGACGGACAAAAAAGAACGGAUCUAUACCUACCUUGACUUGAUCCGAACACCCAAGAUGAGACAACUGGCGCUGUGUACUGGUAUAUUAUGGUUUUGUGUAGCAAUUACAUUUUAUGGCAUCAGUUUCAACACCGCAGGCUUUGGGCUCAACAUCUAUCUCACUCAGUUCAUCUAUGCAUCAGUUGAGCUCCCAGCCAAAGUGACAGCUUACUUCUUAUUCGACUACAUAGGCAGGAGGAGUACGCAGAUGGCAGCUCUGCUGCUGGCUGGCACCUGUAUUGGACUUAAUAUUGUGAUACCAAAUGACAUGCCUAUCGCCAGAACGGUGGUAGCAGUCAUUGGAAAGGGGUUUUCAGCAUCAUCCUUUACAACAGUUGUGUUAUACAGCUCUGAGCUGUAUCCCACAGUCGUCAGGCAGAACGGCAUGGGCUACAACUCCUUCAUGGCUCGUUUUGGCGUGGCUGUGGCUCCUUUGGUCCUCUUACUGGAUGAAGUCUGGAAGGAUCUGCCCCAGGCCGUCUUCUGCUGUACGGCUAUACUCGGAGGAGUAGUGGCAAGAACGCUGUCAGAGACACGCAACCGGUGCCUGCCAGAGACCAUAGAGGAUAUCGAGAAGAACAGACAGUAAAGAUGGUGACUGCAAUGAGCACUUAUUCAAUCCGGCUGGGUGUUUUGUUUUUUAAAAAAGCACAAAUAAAAUGCUAAGACAGUC